AUGGAUGAUAACAAGAACGAUAUUAGAGCAGGCCAAAUAUUCAACAGUUAUGAACAAUUUUUUGAAACUUUUUGUGAAGAGAAUUACCAACCGUUAGUUAUUACCGACAACAAUUAUAAGCGUCAAGUUACAAUCCUUUGCCAACAUGGUUACAACAGGCCUUCAAAAAGUACAGGUAAACGAACUAUACUACACUACAAUUAUAUAGGGUGCAAAGCUAAAAUUACCUGUUUCAAGCCUUCCAACUCUACUCGGGUCAAGAUUUCGAGUGUAAAUUUAGAACAUAAUCACGAAAUAAGUAGGACUGCGUUUGGAACGACAAGAAUGAAUGUCACUGGUGAACAGACAGACGUGUGA